AUGGAAAACGUGUCGAGCCUCCUCGCUUCACCCAUAAGCGUCGAUGUCCAAUUACCUCAAGUUGUCACUGGAGGGAAGCGUGCCAGCUAUUACAUCACUAUCGCCAUCGUCCUUCUAGCCGUCUGGUUAAUACGGUCAAGAAGAAAACCUUUGGAACUAGAGUUCCCCUUCUACAAAGCCCCCAAGACGAAAUGGAUCUUUGAUGCCGAGACGUUGAUCAAGGAUAGUUACACAAAGUUUCGCGAUCGAGUAUACCAGAUCAAGGCCACCGAGGGAGUACAAGUAUUGGUACCAGCACGACUCGUUGGUGAGCUCAAGGUGCUACCAGAGGAUGUCCUGAGUGCCACCGAAGCCGUAUCAGAUGCUCUCCAAACCAAGUACACCAAGUUUACACCCGGCCACAAUGGCGACAUGCUCGCGCUGUUGGUGCGGACAAAGCUGACGCAGAAUCUCACCCGAGUCAUGCCUCAGUUGAAGCAAGAGUUGGAAUACAUUCUUGCUACUGAGUUCCCAGCUUGCGAGGACUGGACGCCUGUGAAAUGGCAGCCCUUUGGCCUCCGCGCCGUCGCCCGCAUGAGUGGCCGAGCCUUUGUCGGACCCUCCAUCAGCCGAGAUGAGAAGUGGAUGAACACUACCAUCAACUUUGCUAUUCACGUCUUCACGGCCUGUGUGAAGCUUCAGCUCUUCCCCGAAUGGGCUCGACCCAUUGGUCAACAUUUUGUUUCGGAACUGGGCCAGAUUCGCAACGAUAUCAAGACGGCGAAGGAAAUGCUCCUACCCAUCCUCGAGGAGCGGCUACGAGACAUGGACAUGCCUGGAUCUGAGGAUGCCCCAGACGACAUGAUCCAGUGGCUCAUUGAAGGGCUGCCCGAGGAGGAGAAGGCCGACGUUACGGUCCAGGCCGAGCUGCAGUUAAUUCUUGCCGCGGCAUCUAUCCACUCGACCAACAACCUGCUCUGCGAAUGCCUCUGCGACUUGGCAGCAUACCCCGAGGUGCAAGAUGAGCUACGCGAGGAGGCAUACCGUAUUCUUGAAGUGGAGAAGGGGUGGGAGAAAAAGGAGAACAUGGCCAAGCUGAAGAAGAUGGACAGUUUCAUGAGGGAAGUUCAGCGCCUUCGUGGAAACAUCACAUCCUUCAUCCGAAAAGUCAUGAAACCGAUUUCCCUCUCCGACGGCACCCAGCUUCCCCCUGGAACAAAGGUGCUCGCUCCCCAAGCAGGCAUCUCUGUCGAUGAGCGAUACUUCCCGAACCCUGAACGCUUCGAUGCCCUGCGUUUUUACAAUCUUCGCCAGGAGUCAGAUGAGGCCAGCAACCGAUGGCAAUUCACAUCCCUCAAUGACACAAACAUCAAUUUUGGCGCUGGAAAGCAUGCGUGCCCCGGGCGCUUCUUUGCUGGCAAUGAGAUCAAACUUGUGCUGGCACAUUUGCUCAUAAACUAUGACAUUCGCCUCAAGAAGGGCGAGGAUCGCCCAAUGCCCAUGGCGAUGGUCAUGACCAAGGCGCCUUCUCCAGAUGCAGAGCUCGAAUUUCGACGCCGGUCACUGGCAGUAUGA